GCAUUAUUUUCGGGGAAUUAAGUCAGUCGAAUUCUGAAAAUCCCGCGAGUUGCAAGCGCUUUUUGCGAGUGAAGCAAGGAAAUAAAAGAUCUUAGAUUGUGUUGCAAGGCAAACAUAUUUGCUAGUGAACAAAAGUCAAUCGAUCGCUGAACUGUCUUUUAUCUCCAUAGAGCCGAAGAGCUAAAACCAAUAUGAGUUCCUCCUUUGAACAACAUUUGGAACAGAUUGUGGAUGAUCUUCAGGGCUCAUCGAACCAUUGUGAUUUUGCCGUAGUUCGAGAUUUUAUAAUGAGGCAAAUCGUCAAGCAGAAUAGAUUGCUGAAGUCAACAUGCUAUGUACAAAGUUAAGCCUUUGGCAGCCGAGCUCUAGGUAUCCAGAAUUUGAACAGCGAUUACGACGUGAUGGUGCUGCUCGAAUUUCCCUCUUACAAAGAUAUUGUCGUGCGCCCGGAUCAACAUCGUCCGGGGAUGGUUCAUUUGGACUUUAAAAAUAUGCCAUUCAACAGUUUUACGGAGGACACGCUACUGGACAAUCGUUGGUACCUCAAGCGCGAAGAGGUGCAAACCCUGAUGCAGUGCAUCCUAAUGAAUGCCCACGGUCGCACGCUGACAGGCAGGUACAACGACUAUUACACACUGCGGUACCGCCGCAAAACAAACUGUCACACCAUCACCGCGAAAUCGAAGGGCCGUGUGUUCUCCAUUGACUUUGUGCCAGCGAUCAAGAUCCACUUCGAUGGAUUCGACUGGGAAGGAGUACCCAAGUUCUCGCCAGGACCAAAGCGCUCGAACGGAUGCACCUUCAUGAUUAGCGCCACUAGAAGCGAGAAACAAUUCUUUAAAGAGGUCGGUAAGAAUAUUCAAGAUGCCGUACUGUUGCUGAAAGCUCUGUGCGAGGCAAAGGACCUGCCCAAAAUUCGCAACUAUCAUUUGGUUUCCUUGGCCAUUAAACUAGCCCACAGCGAAGACUUCGAAGAUUCUUCGCUGGAAAAUGUCUUCUUAGAUCUCUUUUACGAUCUAGUAGAUGCUAUUGAAGACAAUGACCUCUAGUACUUUUGCUAUUCGAAUAGCAAUCUUCUAUCAAACUUAACGCCACAGGACCGUGUCGAUUAUACAAAUGUUUUGGAUAGCGCAUACAUGACCCUCCAAACCUAUCCAGGACAAUACAAACUUUCUUAUGAACGCUGCAGCUGGCACUUCUUUGGAGAUGAUGAUGAUUAUGAUUAUUAUUUUUAAAUAUUUUUUUGACAGUUUUCCAUAUAAAUUACCUUUUUCUUAUAAAUGUCUACUAUUCCUUUACCUAACAUUAACAUAAAAUGUUUAUCAACGAAGUCUUAUUAUUCUUGCUUUUUUUGGAAACACCUGCUCUUGUUUUUGCUUUAUUAUAGUUUAUCAGAACAGCCUACCCAAACGGUUUUACCUUUUGUUAUUUUUUAAGCCAACUCUUGCAUAUUAGUUAUAAGAGUGUUUUAUUUAAUUUCGGAGCUGUAGCUACUACGAAAUCAUGAAGAUGAAUUUGUAAAGGUCAGAUUGAUUUAUGGACAAUAAAGACAACCUUAUUGUAUGUACUUCAUUCAA